AUGGGAGCUCCGUUGGAGAAGGUCUACAGUUACUUCAGCUUCCCUGUGCGCGUGCGGCAAGUGCUGGAUGUUGACGCCAUCGGCGAGAUUGACAAAGGCGCGCUGCAUUUCAUUCCCUGGCCCGCCUCGGCGUCCUCCUACCAGGAGGACUUGAGCAACGUCGCGAAGGAGCUUCCGCUGUCCAUCCGCGUGGAGGUCACGGAUUGGUACUUCAUCAAGCCAGGUGGCCGCAGCUGGCCCGAGUACCUGGAGACCCUGAAGCCCAGCCACGCCAAGAAGAUCCGCAGGUACGGCAAGCAGCCCGAGAAGUGCGGCUACAGCGUCAAAGUGGAAGAUCCGGAGCAUUUGGAUCUUGCCACAAUCGAGAGAUGCUAUGAUCUCCUGUGCCAGACGAUGCUGCACAAUGGGGAUCGCCAGUUCUACACCAAGGAGUCGUUUGCGCAGCAUCUGCGUUCGCAGCCCGUGCUUCUGGCAUCGAGCGGUGAGCGCAUCCUGGGCUUCUACAGCGGGGCGGUGAUUGGCCACGACCACGACGCUAGCUUCCGGAGCUAUUCUGUGUACCACAACCUCUUCAUCGAGCACGUGAAGCGUGGCUUCGAAGAAGGGGAGGAGAUGGUGGACUUGGGAAAUGCCGGCGACGACUUCAAGCGCGAGCUGGGUGCGGAGGCUUUCCGCCUGGUCUUCAGCCUCCGCGCGGCCCGAAGCUUCCAUGGGGCGCUGGGCCUUACGCUCUGGGCGGCUCACAGCUGGCUCGAGGUCUUGCUCCACUUUCGGGAAUGGCCCCUCUGGGCGCAGUGCGCGGCCGCCCUUCUGCUCGUGUUCUUGCUCUGGUGCCGCGUCUCCCGGUGGCUCGACACCCUGAACGCCCUCACGUGA